AUAUAUUAUUAUUUGCCUGAUGAUUUAUCAAACACACUCAUAUUUGAUUACGAUAAGCUGAAUUUGGUUUCAGUUUAUUUGUAUCACGCUUAUCGAAUAUCAUACACUAUUCAAAUGCGUGUGUGCUUGUGUUGGUGGUGGUGGUGGUGGAUGAUGAUCACAUCGAGAAAACAUUUUAAUUUUUUUGGUGCAUUUUUUUCCUCUAUGGUGAUGAUAAUAUAUUACAUUCGUCGUAUACUUGACGACAAUUUUUUUUCCACUGUUUGAUCUCUUGUUUCAUUCAUAUUUUUUGUACAUUGUGCUUCUGAUUUAUUUUACCGUUUUUAGUUUGAUAAACAAAUAAUAAACAACAAUUCUGGAAUUGAUUUUUUUUGUGUUCAUUUUGGUUCACUUGAAAUCUAAUUGAAUUUUUUUAUUUUCUUUCUUUUCCACUUUUAUGUGUUUUGCGAUCAUCGAUGCCAUUGAUUUCAUUAUCAACAAUCGAUGGUGGUGAUGCCAUUUCAAUUGAAUUCAAAAAACGUUCCUCAUUACGACAAUCACCAUCGUCGUCAUCAUCAUUGUUUGGUGGUCUUCAUUCAUCUCAUAAUAAAUCAUAUAAAAAAUCAUCGAUUCAUGGCCAUAAUCCGAAUCAAUUGGUACAACCAAAAUUUACUGAAAUUCGUAAUAGAAAUUUAAGGUUCCUAAUCACCGAUAAACCGACUGAUGCUACAUUGAAUCAAUAUGUGGAGGAACUACAACGGCGAAAUGUAACUGAUGUUGUUCGUGUUUGUGAAGCAACAUAUUCACCAAAACGUUUGGAACAGGCCGGUAUUAAAUGUCAUGAUUGGGCUUUUGAUGAUGGAACUCCACCACCACAAAAAAUUAUUGAUCAAUGGUUGGAAUUAAUUAUUGAACGUUUCAAAGAUUGUCCGAUACCGCCAUCAUCAUCAUCAUCAUCAUCAUCCAGGUCUGAUCGUAAAGUUAGCUCGGCAACAACAAAUCUAACACCGGCACAAAUUAAUGGUUCGAAUAGUGUGGAAGGAUCGCCUGGAUCUACCGCUGCUGCCAAUAUUGAUAGCCAAUUGCCAUGUAUCGCUGUCCAUUGUGUAGCCGGUUUAGGUAGGGCGCCUGUACUUGUUGCCAUAGCAUUAAUUGAAGCCGGUUUAAAAUAUAUUGAUGCUGUCGAAAUGAUUAGAGCUGCUCGACGUGGUGCAAUCAAUGCUAAACAAUUGGACUAUCUAAGCGAAUAUAAACCGAAAAAAGUGUUGAUGUUUACUAAUCGUUCAUCGUCGAAACGAAAAUAUUGCUGUAUCAUUUAAAAACAUUGGAAAGAAUUUUUUUUUGGAUCAUGAAACACCACACACACACACACACAAAUGACCACUUUAAAUGGUGUAUUUGAAACACGUGCCAUUUUAUCAUUAUGUAUGUGUGUAAAAGGUGUUUGUAUGUGUGUGUGUGUGUGUACGAUGUUUCUAUGUGUGAU